AUGAACGAGGAGACAGGGGUAGGACGAAGAAGGGCGACGAAGGUGGAACGUUGGGCCUUCGUCGUCAUCUUCUCUCCGCGCUCCUUUUGCUUUUGCCUUUCCUUUCUUUUUGCAUCGCGGUGUGUUCUCGUCCCCAUCCGCCAAUUGUACCGUGCUCGUGAGCUGCACUCAGGCUUUCCAUGGAAAUUGAUCGCUCCACAGCAAGACACAUCCCCACGCUGCCCCUCCUCCGUCCUCCGCGUCGCAUGGAAACCUACCGCGUUUCGUCGCCUUCCAUUGUGUGAACAAAUUACGACCUCCCGUCCUCUGAUGCCGUUAUCAACUUCCGCGGUCACAUUGGAGUGCUCUUGCAGUACCUCGUGUCUUGCACCUCUAAGAGGAGUUGAGAAGAGUCUCGAUUGGAAUCGAGCGUUGAGUGGCUGCCCCUGGAAUUUUAGUUCGAGGUGUUUGACUCUUCUUGUGGCCAGGAUGGCGACUGCUACAACAUGUGUUGGCUCGUUGUUACUAAGAACCUCGUGGUUUGUGCCCGAUUCGGCAAAACGGAUUGAUGGACUGGGAUUGCAAUUGACAUUCACGGGAAAAGCUGUCAAGAAUGGAGGCAAGACCCAGCGCGUUGGACUCUGUAGGGCGGCUCAAUCUUCGCCUUCUUCGAGCCAGCGGCAUGUAAUUAUCACCGGUGGAAACACUGGUAUAGGAAAAGCGACUGCCACAGAGCUCGCAAGGCAGGGGAUGGCCGUCACAAUUGCAUGCAGAAGCUUAGCGAAAGGAGAGCAAGCUGUGGAAGAGAUCAUUCGAGCAUCUGAUAAUUCUUCUGUUAGGGUCAUGCAGCUAGAUUUGGCUUCCUUCGCCUCGAUUCGUCAGUUUGCAGCAGAAUAUCUGGACAUAGGGCUUCCAUUACACUCUCUUGUGAACAAUGCAGGUGUAAUGGCGUGUCCGCUUCAGUACACUGUGGACGGCUUUGAGUAUCAGCUCGGGGUGAAUCAUUUGGGCCAUUUCCUCCUCACCGCUUUGCUGCUUGACAAACUCAAAUCUUCUGCCUCACCAGGAACAAAGUCAAGGGUGGUGGUGUUGUCCUCAUCAGCACAUAUAUUUGGAAAUAUUAACUUCGAGGAUCUCAAUUACAGAACACGAAAAUACAACGAAUGGGCGGCCUACGGACAAUCAAAAUUAGCUAAUGCCUUAUUUUCUCAUGAGCUUGCACGACGCUGUAAAUCGUUGGGAAUUCCUGUGACGUCGAAUUGUAUGCACCCAGGCAUUGUUGAUACAGAGUUGGCACGGUACAUUCUCCCUCAGACAAACAUAAGCUUACCAUCUAUCCCUGGUUUCAGGGGCCUAGUGACCAAGCUUUUGGGUUUGAAGACUCCCGAAGAAGGAGCAUCGACGGCAGUGUAUCUUGCGAAUUCUCCUGACAUGGAAGGUAUUACUGGCGGUUACUACGAGAAUAGCAGGAAGACGAAUCCAAGUGCAACAGCUGUAAACAGCAAGUUGUCAUACUCGUUAUGGGCAGUUUCCGAAGAGUUAACAGGCUCAACAGAAAUUCUGGACCCCCUUCGGUUGAGUGUUCGUACACCAUCAAUGUUGAAAACAUGAACACUCACUGCGUUUGACGCAAGUUAAUACAUUCGAACACAAAAUUGUAAAAAUGUACUACAUGAUCCACAUUCUAUACACUUCUUGAUUUGUGCA